AUAGCAAAGCAAGUAAACAACGAAACAAGCGAUCGGAGAGCUAGUUAGUGCAUUUUCUGAACGGAGGCGAGAUGUGGAACCAACCUUACCGGAAAUCUGACGUGGAGGCCGGAGGCCGGCAGCUGUAUCCCACGAUGCUCGAGAAUCCGCAACUCCGGUGGUCAUUCAUUCGCAAGGUGUACUCGAUUGUGAGCAUCCAACUCCUCCUCACCGUCGCAGUUGCUUCCGUCGUCGUCACUGUUCACCCUAUCAAACACUUCUUUGCAUCCACCGGAGCUGGCUUGGCUGUCUAUAUUGUUCUCAUCAUCACUCCAUUAAUCGUGUUGUUCCCUUUGUAUUACUAUCACCAGAGGCAUCCCUACAACUACUUCCUGCUCGGCAUUUUCACAGUUGCUAUUUCCUUUGCCGUGGGAUUGACUUGUGCAUUCACCAAAGGGAGAAUAAUCUUGGAAUCAGCUGUGUUGACUGCAGCUGUAGUGAUUUCUCUUACUUUAUAUACAUUCUGGGCCGCAAAGAGAGGCCAUGACUUCAAUUUUCUUGGACCAUUCUUGUUUGGUGCGGUUAUGGUGCUGAUGUUGUUUGCACUGAUUCAGAUAUUUUUCCCACUUGGAAGGAUCUCCCUAAUGAUCUACGGGGGUUUGGCAUCACUCAUAUUUUGUGGGUACAUCAUAUACGACACUGAUAACCUCAUCAAGCGCUAUAGUUAUGAUGAAUACAUAUGGGCUUCUGUUUCCCUGUAUCUAGAUGUCAUCAACCUCUUCCUAUCCCUCCUGACACUUCUUAGAGCUGCUGAUAGUUGAAAAGACUACGUCUUGUACGUACUCUUUUCUUCCCUUUCUAAAUCUAGCUUUGUUCAGUUUUAUCUAACUCAUGGAAAUAGAUAAGAAGUGUGUGAUUCAUUGUAUAUGAAUGAUGCAAAGUAAAUACCACCUGGCCUGUUAUUUCA